AUGUCCUUUCUUCAAUAUCCUCCUGAUAAGAAAAUAUAGAAUUACUAAUUUAGCUUCAAGGCAAAAGUAGGAAAAGGAGCUUACGGAACUGUUUAUGCAGGCAAGAAUAUGAAUGACAAUAAGAUUGUAGCAUUGAAAAUCAUCGAUAAAAAAAUCUUAUAGACAGACUAUGCCAAUUAAUUGAUAGCAUCAGAAAUCGAGAUCAUGAAGCUGAUAGAAGAUAAAAAUAUUGUCAAAUUAAUUGAUGUCUUGCAAAGUGUGAACAAUACAUAUAUCAUCACUGAGUAUUGUGAUGGAGGGGAUCUAAGGGAGUAUUUAAAAAAAAGAAAAUUAAUACCAGAAGUCGAUGCCAUUAACAUAUUUAGAGAUCUGCUUCAUGGCAUCAAAGCCUUGUUAAAGAUCGGUAUCAUUCAUAGGGACAUAAAGCCAGCAAAUAUCAUGAUUCAUGAUGGAGAGUUUAAAAUUACUGAUUUUGGUUUUGCUAAACAAGUUGAUUCACACAUAGAUGCCAUUAUGAAUUCUUUGGUAGGGACUCCUCUUUACAUGAGUCCUCAGAUUUUGAAAAGACAAUCAUAUACAUCGAAAUGCGACAUCUGGUCACUAGGUUUAAUUUUAUACGAAAUGCUUUAUGGGAUCACCCCAUGGCACUCUACAAAUUUAGUUGAAUUAAUGGCCAAAUUGGAUUCCAAACCCUUAGAAUUCCCCUGCUUUCCAAGGGUAAGCGAUUAGACUAAGUAAAUCAUUCGAAGCUGUCUCUAAAUAAAUGAAGAUAAAAGGAUUUCGUGGGAUGCUCUAUUUGAAUUAACAAGUACAUAAGAUUAAAUCAACAUACCCAAUCAAAGUAUGCUCCCCAUAAUUUAAAAACAUCCCAUUCAAUACUAGAGUUAAUAAAACUAAUAAAAUUAAUAAACCAAUUAAGUCUUAGAGAAUAUUGAAAAGGGACCACAGCAAAGAACUAAAAUGAGAACUGAAAGCAUGGGUAAUUGUAAUUUCACAAGUCGUCAUAAUAGAAGCUUAAGUAAUGCCAAUAAUCACGAUAAGGAUAAAUCAGACGAAAGAUAAAAAACUAAAUGCACUACUCCAAAAUUAUCAUAUCUGUAAAAAGUCACACCUCAAAGAUAAACUACAUCCAUUACAUCGGAUUCUGAAAGAGAUAGGAGUAAUUCAAUAAUUAAGUUUGCGAAUAAAAAACUCAGUCUCAUGAAAUACUUGGAAAAUGCUCACACAACACCCUAGGAAUAAAAAGAUAAUAAUGAGUAUAGUAAGUCUCCAAGCUAUCUCUAGUCUAAGUCAACUAACACAUCUAAUAGACAUAUUAUAGAUUAAGAAAAUUCAUCAAACAAAACAAAAGUAACUGAAUUUUAGAUAGAAGAAAAGACGAAAGAACCCAUUAAUAAUAUUAUUAAUAAUGGGUAUUACAAUUUUAAUUAGAAUUCUAAAUUAAAACGAACUUUUAGCAACAAUUUCAAGGAAAACAGCUUAUCUCCUAUAAAUUAAAAUCAACAUGGAAUAUCGUAGUUAUUAAAAUUAAUAUAAAAUCAAUACGAUCUAAUCCCAAGUCAUUUUGCAAUUAAAAAAUAGGUCGAAUAAAUUAUUAGUCAGCAUCGAUCAAUGAUUUUGUAGGCGAAAGACUUUCAUUAUUCCUAUGAAGAUGCUAAGGAAUUAAAGAAGAUAAUUAAUAGAUUAAUUGAUUACCUAAAUGAGCAUCCUAAUGACAAUUUUGCCAUUUAGUUGUCAGUGAUGCUAUUGCUAAUUCUAAAUUAUAAUUAAGUUGUGAAUUUCUGCAUAUAAUAAAAGUCCAGUGAGUUGUCGAAAGCACUAUUAGAUUUAAUAAAGAAAAACUAAAGUAUCUAAUAAAAAUAAUUAAUUCUGAACCCAGCAUUUUUAAGAGAAAAUAUAAAUAAAUAACUUUUAUGA